CGUAUUUCUCAUGACGACAUAUCGUCUGUGAAGAGCAGAUUCUGGAAAGCCAAGAGAGAAAGAGGAUUUACUCUUUAUUUCUAAACAACACACGAAGUAUCUGUCAUUUGAGAUUUAAAAAAUAAAAAUGGAGCCGUCAGCCAGUCCAGCGAAGGAUAACCACAGGAUGAACAGCUACAAGAACAAAGCCCUGAAUGUGGAGGAGAUGAGACGCAGGAGAGAGGAGGAGGGUGUCCAGCUGAGGAAGCAGAAACGAGAACAACAGCUGUUCAAGAGGAGAAAUGUUGACAUGUUGAACGAGGAGGGAGUCAUGUUUGAGAGUCCACUGGUCGACUCGUAUGUGGACUCCACAGCCACAGAGGAAGGUGUCCUAACGAGACGCCUGGUGGAGAUGCUCUUCUCAGAGGACCCAGAGCUCCAACUCACCACCACACAGACGUUCAGGAAACUACUGUCCAAAGAACCCAAUCCACCUAUUGACGAGGUCAUCAACACCCCAGGCAUUGUAGAGAGGUUUGUAGAGUUCCUCAAGAUGAGCGUCAACUGCACAUUACAGUUUGAGGCAGCCUGGGCCUUGACCAACAUAGCAUCAGGUACAUCCAUGCAGACUAACAUAGUAAUCGAGGCAGGAGCAGUCCCCAUCUUUAUAGAACUACUCAACUCUGACUUUGAAGAUGUUCAGGAACAGGCAGUGUGGGCGUUGGGUAACAUAGCAGGGGACAGUGCAGUGUGCAGAGACUACGUACUCAACUGUAAUAUCCUGCCACCACUAUUAAUGCUUCUGACUAAAUCCACCAGACUGAGCAUGACCAGGAAUGCAGUGUGGGCUCUGUCUAACCUGUGCAGGGGGAAGAGCCCCCCACCUGUAUUUGAGAAGGUGUCCCCUUGUCUACAGGUCCUGUCUAGACUGUUGUUCAGCAGUGAUUCAGAUCUGUUAGCAGAUGCCUGCUGGGCUCUGUCCUACCUCUCUGACGGACCCAACGAGAAGAUCCAGGCUGUCAUCGACUCCGGCGUCUGCAGGCGCCUCGUAGAGCUGCUCAUGCACACGGACUACAAGGUGGCGUCUCCUGCUCUGAGAGCAGUGGGGAACAUCGUCACGGGAGACGACAUCCAGACGCAGGUGGUGUUGAACUGUUCAGCCCUGCCCUGUCUGCUCCACCUGCUGAGUAGUCCUAAAGAAUCCAUCCGGAAAGAAGCCUGCUGGACCGUCUCCAACAUCACCGCUGGCAACAGGGCUCAGAUACAGACGGUGAUCGACGCCAACAUCUUCCCUGUGCUGAUCGACAUCCUGCAGAAGGCAGAGUUCAGAACCAGGAAGGAAGCAGCCUGGGCCAUUACUAACGCCACCUCUGGAGGAACACCAGAACAGAUCAGGUACCUGGUGAACCUGGGCUGUAUCAAGCCUCUGUGUGACCUGUUGACCGUGAUGGACAGUAAGAUAGUCCAGGUGUCUCUGAACGGUCUGGAGAACAUUCUGAGACUGGGAGACCAAGAGGCCAAGCAGGAUGCAGGUCCCAGUGGUACCGGCAUCAACCCCUACUGCUCUCUCAUAGAGGAGGCCUAUGGUCUGGAUAAGAUCGAGUUCCUUCAGAGCCAUGAGAACCAGGAGAUCUACCAGAAGGCCUUUGAUCUGAUAGAGCACUACUUUGGAGUGGAGGAGGAGGACCAGAACCUGGCUCCUCCGGUGGACCAGGUCAACCAGCAGUUCCUCUUCCCCCAGCAGGAAGCACCCAUGGAGGGCUUCCAGCUAUAACGCCCUCCCUUCCCUUUGGUUCAUCCAAACAUCACUCAUUUACCCAUGGAUCCCAUUGGAAGGCUUUCGGUUAACUUCUUCCCCCAUAUCCCCUACCAAUGGAGGGUUUUGAGGUAAAUUAGGGUCCCUGUGUCCCUCCCACCACCACCCAUCCUAUAUGCCCCAGCCCGUGGCUAGCUCUGCUACCUGUGCACUAUCCUUUCUCCACUGUGACCUUCCAGGCUCAACCGUGGAAGAUAGAACGUUGUCCUCUCCCAUGGAAGGCUUUAUCCAACCUAUAUUACCCAAUCCCCGUGAGCGUGUCUCUACCUACCCAAACAGAUCAGACACUUCUAACAGAACACCACGCCUCGGCCGAGGAGCCAAUCGGAGAGCUGAACUCGCACCACAUGACCUGAUGAUUUAAAACACAGCUCUUCCAGAUCAGUGAUCACACACCAGGGCCGUGAUCACACACCAGGGCCGUGAUCACACACCAGAGCCGUGAUCACACACCAGGGCCGUGAUCACACACCAGGGCCGUGAUCACACACACCAGGGCCGUGAUCACACACACCAGGGCCGUGAUCACACACA